AUGCUGACUGUGAAUUGUUUCUCGCUGUUUCUUUGGAUCCUGCUUGACGAAGGUCUAUUAACACCUCUGGAGUCAUUGUCACCAAAGAGUUCAGGGCGCCCAGGGAGCAACAACAUCAUUGAAUUGUCAGGAGAUGGAGCUCCUAUGCUUCAGCGUGUUCGACGUGGCUGGAUCUGGAACCAGUUCUUUGUACUGGAAGAAUACAUGGGGUCUGAACCUCAGUAUGUGGGAAAGCUGCACUCUGACCUGGACAAUGGAGAUGGUUCUGUAACAUACACUCUCUUAGGCCAAGGAGCUGGCUCGAUUUUCACCAUUGAUGAGAUAACAGGGGACAUUCAUGCAAUAAAGAGUCUGGAUCGUGAAGAAAAGUCUUUCUAUGUUCUACGCGCACAGGCUGUGGAUACAGAGACCAGAAGACCCGUGGAGCCCGAAUCUGAGUUUAUCAUUAAGGUUCAAGAUAUUAACGACAAUGAGCCAAGGUUUCUGGAUGGGCCUUAUGUUGCAAAGGUCCCGGAAAUGUCUCCUGCUGGUUCCUUUGUGCUUCAGAUAACAGCCACAGAUGCAGAUGAUCCUACCUAUGGCAACAGUGCAAGGGUGGUGUACAGUAUCCUGCAAGGACAGCCGUACUUUUCUGUGGAUCCCAAAACAGGCGUCAUCAGAACAGCUUUAGCCAACAUGGACAGGGAAGUCAAGGAAGAUUAUCAAGUCAUCAUCCAGGCCAAAGACAUGGGAGGACAAAUGGGAGGGUUAGCAAGCACAACAACGAUAAAUAUCACGCUCACUGACGUCAAUGACAAUCCACCCAGGUUUGCCAAAAAUAUCUUUCACCUAAAGGUUCCUGAAUCAACUCCCGUUGCUUCGCUAAUUGGUAGAAUAAAAGCCAAUGAUGCUGAUAUUGGAACGAAUGCUGACAUAGAUUACAGCAUUGUUCCUGGAGAUGGGCUGAAUGUGUUUGACAUUACAUCUGAUAAGGCCACGCAAGAAGGAGUUAUCAGCCUGAAAAAGCCACUGGACUAUGAAAAUAAAAAAUCAUACAUCUUCAAAGUAGAUGCUGUGGAUCCCCAUCCAGAUAAUCGCUUCCUGUCAAUGGGUCCUUUCAAAGACACGGCUACCAUUAAGAUUACCAUUCUCGAUGUGGAUGAACCUCCCAUUUUCAGCAGGUCCUCCUACAUAAUGGAUGUUUAUGAAGAUACCAACGUGGGCAGUAUUAUUGGAGCAGUAACUGCACAGGAUUCUGAUGUUAGCAACAGCCCUGUCAGGUACUCGAUUGAUGAGAGCAGUGACCAGGAGAGGUACUUCACCAUCGAUGAGAUUGAUGGAACUAUUGCUACCAAUGACAUUCUGGACAGAGAAGAUAUUUCCCAGUAUAACAUUUCUGUCCUAGCAACAAAAGUCAGCAACCCAGAGUUAGUCAGCAAAGUUCCUGUGACCAUUCAGGUUUUAGACGUCAAUGAAUAUGCACCGGAAUUCUCAGUGCCUUAUGAGACCAUGAUGUGUGAAAAUGCCAAGACUGGUCAGGUAAUUAUGACAAUCAGCGCUGAGGACAAAGACUUACCAGCCACAGCCCCACAAUUUCACUUCAGGCUGUCACCCGAGGAUGAUGCAAACCCAAACUUCACUAUUCAAGACAACGGAAACAAUACAGCUGGAAUCUUAUCUAAGAAGAAUGGCUACAGUCGCAGGCAAUUGGAGCUCUAUUUCCUUCCGGUUGUGAUCUCAGACAGUGGUUACCCUACACAAAGCAGCACAAAUACUUUAACAAUACGAGUCUGCGGAUGUGAUGUAGAUGGCACAAUCUUAUCCUGUAACGUAGAAGCAAUCUUUCUGCCAGUGGGUUUAAGCACGGAGGCACUGAUAGCAAUCUUGCUUUGCAUUAUUAUACUUCUUGUUAUUGUAGUGCUGUUUGUGGCUUUAAGAAGGCAAAGGAAGAAAGAAAUCUGCAUGACUUCAAAGGAGGAUAUCAGAGAUAAUGUAAUCAGUUACGAUGAUGAAGGAGGUGGAGAGGAGGACACCCAAGCUUUUGACAUUAGCACACUAAGGAAACCUGACUUAAUUGAAGAUGUACAGCUACGCAGAGAUGUAAAGCCAGAGACCCACCAUCCACAUCGUCAGACCAUAUUAGUGCAAAACAACACAAACAUCAGAGACUUCAUUGACCAGCGAUUGCGAGAGAACGAUGCAGAUCCCAGUGCACCUCCUUAUGAUUCACUGGUUACGUAUGCUUAUGAAGGGAAUUGCUCAUUAGCUGAGUCACUCAGCUCUUUGGAAUCAGUUAAUGCAGAUGCGGAUCAAGAUUAUGAUUAUCUCACCAGCUGGGGACCCCGGUUUAAAAUACUGGCAGACCUUUAUGGAGCAGAGAAAACCAACAGUCGAUAA